CUCAGGGGCGGGGGAAACGGCCCCGUCCCCACGGCAACGAGCGGGCGCGCGCGGUCUGUUUGGGCCUCCGCGGCAGAGUGCGGUCGUUUCCGCCUCCUCCUCCACCUCCGAUGAUGUCGUUGCUGCGCGGGCUGCGGCCUCGCGGGCCCUGGGCCGCGACAAGGAAGGGCCCAAGGAAGCCGGUGGCGGCCAAGCGGGAUUGGGACAGUACUGUCCAUGAUUUGACAGUCCAUCGUGCAACUCCUGAGGACAUACUGCGUCGUCAUGAACUACACAAGUCAAAAAACAAAGCACUGGUACAUCUGGAACUACAAGAGAAAGCACUGAAAAGAAAAUGGAAGAAGCAAAAACAAGUGGCUCCUGAUUCCCUGGAGAAAAGGAAAUUGACUCUGAUGCGUGAGAUUCUCUCUGAUCAAUACCAGUUGCAAGAUGUGCUGGAACGAUCUGAUCAGAUUAUGGCUGUGGUAAAAGACUUAUUUGGGGAUGCUCCUCGCAGGCGAACAGGUUUCCCUAAUGUAACAAUGGCUCCUAACUGUGACCUAGAAUCUUCUGAAAGACCCAUUGUACAAAAACGUGAUCCUCCCACUCAGCUUUCCAUCCUUAGUGAAUCUGUCAUGGAUUCCCAGGCUCUUAAUGAGGUGGAAGAGGAAACAUCAUCCAUCCGUCAAUCAGAAGAUGAACAGCAUGACUCUCUGAAUUUCAAAUCCAGCAUCAGCUCUGACAGGCUACUCCGGUUAUUGAGAGAAGAAAAUUCUUCAGGGAAUUCUCAGUUAUGGGCUGAAAAAGAAAUGAGAAAAACUACGUUACUCCAAGAAGGAAAUGUACCUUUGGCUGCAACAACUGCUUCUCCAUCGCUGGAACAUUCAGCCCUCAAUGCUACCAGCGAAGUCAAGAGAAUUCAUUCAAGGCUUCUGAGCGAAGAGAGAGAAGAGACUGUGGACUCCACUUACAGUGUGAGACAAGUGCUGAACCCAGACUCAAGGAAACAAAAGCAGAUUUCAGCAAAAGUGAAAAGGAAACUAGCUGCGCAGAACUCUUCCAGACAGAGGACAGGUGAUUCUCAUGCUAAUUCAAUCCCCACUGACCUUCCAAGGGACAAUAAAUCCAGCCUGGAUGUUCUCAAUUGCAUGAUGCACGAAGUAGAGCAUGAAUUGGAGGAAUAUGAGCGAUGUACAGGCCGUGAGGUUCAGAAAACUCAGAGAAAUGAAGGCCUCACUGGAUUUACCUUGUCACUGGUGAAUGCUCUCUGUCGUUUAAUGCGCUACCUCAAAGAGAAUGAAAUGCAAUUGCGUGAAAAAGAGCUGAUGAGACAGCAACAUGAGGAGAUGUUGAACGAACAUAGAGAACUGAUUGAUGCUUUGACUGCAGAAAUCCUGCUAGUGAGGGAAGAAAACAUUACUAUACAGAAGAAGCUUCAGCAGUACAUGAUAGCAACAGAUGAACAGCUGACCUCUCUCAUACAAGCAUUUAAAGGCCUCCCUUUAGCAGAAUCUAAAAGAGGACAAAGUCCAAAUCAUUUUGGAAUUGCAAGCAAAGGUCCAGCGAACAGCCAAGAGAAAAGCACUUUGACCUAUUUUGAGCCCAGGACUGAUAUGGGCAGCGGGGAAAAUAUGCUGAAAUUCCCACAUGAGGAAAUGCCUGUCAAAUUUCCCCAGAGGCCAAGUGCCUCGGAUGGUGUGGGAGCAGGUAGAAGUUUGCCAACUCACAUCUUCCAGCCAGCUGUACUGUUGUCACCGCCCCGGCAGAAGAGCAGUCAGGAAUUAUCUACCCUCCAGAAUGUCUUUAAGGCCAUCUCUCAGUCCACUGAAAACACUGAGAGAGAACCAUGCAAGGAGAGGACCUCGCCCUCCUCCCUGGUAACACAGAGCGCAACUGAGGAAAAAUGUCUCUUCUCUCAAAGGCAACCAAUUCCUCCUUCAGACAAAGACGUGGAGAGUUCCCAAGAGAAAGUCAGUCUGUCUUCCCCAGGUGAUUCUGGAAAAAACAGUGCAGCUGAAGAGUUCUCUCAGAGCAGUGAUCUGCUGGGACAGAUAGCUGAGCUAACAUGGCAGAACUCUCUUAUUAAAGCUCAGCUAAGCAAAUUCAGAGGCUGCUCUGAGGAAAGAGGUGAUGGCCUACAUCAGCCAGAUCCAAUACAAAAUAUAAACCCUAGUCUAGAUACUUCACAGGGACAGACUCAUAUUGCGGUACCAAAGAGCUUGGAGGAACGAAUAGCAGAGCUGAAUCGUCAGAGUGCAGACGCACGUGAUAAACUGUUGCAGCUAAUAGACCAGCAAAAAUUAGCUGCUGCCCAUAUGGUCUCUCCAAUGAUAUCUCCUAUUCCACCCCCAUCCUUAAAUUAUACUGAAAAUGCAAGGAAGACAAUUGAAGUGUCUGUUCCAGUGGCAUUUGCUAUGGACAGCUCCAAAGAAGAUACUCCUUCCCCUGCCAGUGUGACCAGUAUAAGAAGAUCUGCAGGUUCCUCUAGCAAGUCUUGUUCACCCCUAAGUGCCACUUCAGAAAGCAUGAAAUUAAGUCCUGUCAGUCAAAGGCCAAAGCAGGUGGAGAAGCAAAAGGAAGAAGGUUGGUUUGCAUUGUCAAUGCAUAUUAUGUAAAGGAAGCUGCACUCAAGUCCUAUUUUAUUUUCGAAAUUUUCUCAUGAACCACAAUUAGAUCACUGUAUUCCCCUCUCCACAUGUACCAUGUAACUCUGAAGUGCCUUCGUGUCAGUGCCAUUAGUAUAAAAAGGUCUGUACAAUUAUUGUAUUUGUGCCAAGUAUCUAUCUGAUAUCCAUAUUAGAUAUUGCUGGAGAAAGGAAGGUCUAAAAAGAACAAGAAAAACUGAGAUGAUGGAAUGUACAUACAUUCAAAAGCAGCCUGGAGAUUUGGAAGCUAGUCUGUUCCUGCUGGAUAAGAACUUGCAUCAGAAAUAACUUGUUCCUUCUGUCUUUACAGUUUCCCAAAAAUCCAAGGAGCAUUGUGUUGUCAGUGUAGUUAACGUACCAGGGACUGCAUCCAGACUUGUGGAUUGCUUUUUAAACUUUUAUUAAUUUUUUUUAAUAAUAAACUUAAAGUGGCUAUGUGAAGUUGACAUCAGAAUCUCUAUUUGCUAUGUGCUAAAGUAUAGUCUCUGAUAAAAUAAAAGCUAUGUGAUAUGAGUUCAGCUGUGUUAAACUAUUCUGUAUUAUGGCUGUGUAUAUAAUACUCUAAUGUCAUGUUUGCUGCAUAUUAUUUUUAUGUGACUUUUUAAAGUAGCAAUCAUUUUAAUACUAGUGAUUAACAAUAAAAUCUAGGACAUUCAGGAAA